AUGCGAGUUGCCUCAAUUUUAAAAAGAAAAAAGGGGUCGACUGGGCAAAUUUGGAACACGGGAAUCGUUAAAGUUGGAGGUAAUUUCCGUUGCCCGCAGUAUGAAGAAGAGGAAGAAAGAAGAAAAAACUGUGUUCUUAAAUACCGUGAAGCAUCUCGUGUGACGUACUUAAAUCACGCGGAAUCAGGUCGGUAUAAAGAAGGGGAAGCAAAUUCUGCCAAAGCGAAAACCCGUUCAGUCAGGGCCGGUUUGCAGUCCUCUGUUGGCAUAAUUUAUCGUUCGCUGCGAAAGGCGAAUUAUGCUGAGCGAGUUGCUGUUGAUGAUCAUGUCUAUCUGGCAGCAGUCUUGGAGCAUUUAGUUGCCGAAGUGUUAGAGCCUGCUGGCAGUGCAACUCGUGAUAAUAAAAAGAGUCGCAUUAAUCUACGGCACUUGCAACUUGUUGUUCGUAAUAACAAAAAAUUGAAUAAGAUUUUCCAUGCUAUAGUAGCGCAGAAUGGUGUGCUUCCGAAGUUAAACGCAGCAUUCCUGCGUGAAGAUUUCUAG